CCUCACAGCCGCGCCAUUUUGCCGGGGUUUGAAUGUGAGGCGGAGUGGCGGCAGGAGCGCGUAGUGCUGGCCACGGCCCGCGGCUGGGAUUCCCUCCUCCGAACCUGUCUCCCCACGAGAUUCUAUAGCUAUGGAGCUCAGUGAUGCAAAUUUGCAAACUCUGACAGAAUAUUUAAAGAAAACCCUUGAUCCCGAUCCUGCCAUCAGACGUCCAGCUGAGAAAUUUCUUGAGUCUGUAGAAGGAAAUCAGAAUUACCCAUUGUUGCUGUUAACAUUGCUGGAGAAGUCCCAGGAUAAUGUCAUCAAAGUGUGUGCAUCAGUAACGUUCAAGAACUACAUUAAAAGGAACUGGAGAAUUGUUGAAGAUGAACCCAGCAAAAUCUGUGAAGCGGAUCGAGUGGCCAUUAAAGCCAACAUUGUGCACCUGAUGCUUAGCAGCCCAGAGCAAAUCCAGAAGCAGUUAAGUGAUGCUAUCAGCAUUAUUGGCAGAGAAGAUUUCCCUCAGAAGUGGCCUGACUUGUUGACGGAAAUGGUGAAUCGCUUUCAGAGUGGAGAUUUCCAUGUCAUUAAUGGAGUCCUGCGUACGGCACACUCGCUGUUUAAGAGAUACCGCCAUGAAUUUAAGUCAAACGAGUUAUGGACAGAAAUUAAACUUGUCCUGGAUGCUUUUGCUUUGCCGUUGACAAAUCUGUUUAAGGCCACUAUUGAACUUUGCAGCACCCAUGCAAAUGACGCCUCUGCCCUGAGGAUUCUUUUUUCUUCCUUGAUUCUGAUCUCAAAGUUGUUUUACAGUUUAAACUUCCAGGAUCUCCCAGAAUUUUUUGAAGAUAAUAUGGAAACUUGGAUGAAUAAUUUUCAUACCCUCUUGACACUGGACAACAAACUUCUACAAACUGAUGAUGAAGAGGAAGCAGGCUUAUUGGAACUCUUAAAAUCCCAGAUUUGUGAUAAUGCUGCACUCUAUGCCCAAAAGUAUGAUGAAGAAUUUCAGAGAUACCUGCCUCGUUUUGUCACGGCCAUCUGGAAUUUGCUAGUUACAACAGGCCAGGAGGUUAAAUAUGACUUGUUGGUAAGUAAUGCAAUUCAGUUUCUGGCUUCAGUUUGUGAGAGACCUCAUUAUAAGAAUCUCUUUGAGGACCAGAACACGCUGACAAGUAUCUGUGAGAAGGUCAUUGUGCCUAACAUGGAAUUUAGAGCUGCUGAUGAAGAAGCAUUUGAAGAUAAUUCUGAGGAGUACAUAAGAAGAGAUUUGGAAGGAUCGGAUAUUGAUACCAGACGCAGGGCUGCUUGUGAUCUCGUACGAGGGUUAUGCAAGUUUUUUGAGGGACCCGUGACAGGAAUAUUCUCUGGUUAUGUUAAUUCUAUGCUUCAGGAAUAUGCAAAAAAUCCAUCUGUUAACUGGAAACACAAAGAUGCAGCUAUUUACCUGGUCACAUCUUUGGCAUCAAAAGCCCAAACACAGAAGCAUGGAAUUACGCAAGCAAAUGAACUUGUAAACUUGACUGAGUUCUUUGUAAAUCACAUCCUCCCUGAUUUAAAAUCAGCUAAUGUGAAUGAGUUUCCUGUCCUUAAAGCUGAUGGUAUCAAAUACAUUAUGAUUUUUAGGAAUCAAGUGCCAAAAGAACAUCUUUUAGUCUCUAUUCCUCUCUUGAUUAAUCAUCUUCAAGCUGAAAGUAUUGUUGUCCACACUUACGCAGCACAUGCUCUUGAAAGGCUGUUCACGAUGAGAGGCCCUAACAGUGCCACGCUUUUUACAGCUGCAGAAAUCGCACCGUUUGUUGAGGUUCUGCUAACAAACCUUUUCAAAGCGCUCACUCUUCCCGGCUCUUCAGAAAAUGAAUAUAUUAUGAAAGCGAUCAUGAGGAGUUUUUCCCUCCUCCAGGAAGCCAUAAUCCCCUACAUCCCCACUCUGAUCACUCAGCUCACACAGAAGCUCUUAGCUGUCAGUAAGAAUCCAAGCAAACCUCACUUUAACCACUACAUGUUUGAAGCAAUCUGCUUAUCCAUAAGAAUAACCUGCAAAGCUAACCCUGCUGCUGUGGUGAACUUUGAGGAAGCUUUGUUUCUGGUGUUCACAGAAAUUUUACAAAAUGAUGUGCAAGAAUUCAUUCCCUAUGUCUUUCAAGUGAUGUCUCUGCUUUUGGAAACACACAAGAAUGACAUCCCGUCAUCCUACAUGGCCUUGUUCCCUCACCUCCUGCAGCCAGUGCUGUGGGAAAGAACAGGAAACAUUCCUGCUCUGGUGAGGCUUCUCCAGGCAUUCCUAGAACGUGGUUCAAAUACAAUCGCAAGUGCUGCCGCGGACAAAAUCCCUGGACUGCUCGGCGUCUUCCAGAAGUUGAUUGCAUCCAAAGCCAACGACCACCAAGGUUUCUACCUCCUGAACAGCAUCAUAGAGCACAUGCCCCCUGAGUCAGUCGACCAGUACAGGAAACAGAUCUUCAUCCUGCUGUUUCAGAGACUUCAGAAUUCCAAAACAACAAAGUUUAUCAAGAGUUUCUUAGUCUUUAUUAAUCUGUAUUGCAUAAAAUACGGCGCACUGGCACUGCAAGAAGUAUUUGAUGGUAUACAACCAAAGAUGUUUGGAAUGGUUUUGGAAAAAAUCAUUAUUCCUGAAAUCCAGAAGGUCUCUGGGAACGUGGAGAAGAAGAUCUGUGCGGUCGGCAUCACCAAGCUGCUGACGGAAUGCCCGCCGAUGAUGGACACGGAGUACACCAAGCUGUGGACUCCUCUCCUGCAGUCUCUGAUCGGCCUUUUCGAGCUGCCUGAGGACGACACCAUUCCCGACGAAGAGCACUUCAUUGACAUCGAGGACACGCCGGGCUACCAGACGGCCUUCUCCCAGCUGGCCUUCGCCGGCAGGAAGGAGCACGACCCCGUGGGGCAGAUGGUGAACAACCCCAAGAUUCACCUGGCACAGUCGCUCCACAAACUGUCCACCGCCUGUCCCGGCCGGGUCCCGUCCAUGGUGAGCACCAGCCUCAACGCAGAAGCGCUCCAGUAUCUCCAGGGGUACCUGCAGGCCGCCAGCGUGACGCUGCUCUGAGCCAGGAUGGGGCCCUCGGAUCACAGCUGUGUCUAAGCGAAUUUUCCUUUUGAACUUGUCGAGUCCCAUCUUGUAAAGGAUAUUAAAUGUUGCUUUAAAGCUGAA